UAUGUUAUAAAAUCAAGCAGGUUUGGUACCUUCUACCAUACUCUGGGAGACAGAGGCCAUAACCAUCAAGACAAGACCACACAAGAAGGCUCACUCCAGACAGGUAAGAUUGACUUGAUUGUUUCUAGAGUUGUGUUGCGUUGUCCGUCAGAAAAGUCUAAAAGAGGUAUCGGUCAACCAAUUGAAAACGUGGAAAAGCAUUUCUACCGAAUCAUUUCUCCCCACCCCACCGCUGUCAGACAUGCAUUUUAUGAGUUUUGAUUUGAAGGCACCCUAAUAUGAAAUCUCUCUUGAUUGACUGUGCCAGAUAUCUGGGGAAGAUUGGACUGUUAAUAGUUAAUAAGCUAAUUGCUCAUUUAAAACCCUUUCUCCCCAUACAAUGUUGCACCACAGGUGCCCAGGGUAACCAACAUCUAAGUUCAUCACAAACAGGUAAGAUAUAAUUGCCUGAGCAUUACAGUACUAGAGCAUUAAACAAUAGCUCCGUAUCUGAAGAUUAUUGUCUUUGGUUAAUGCUGUAUUGUAUCUGUAGAUAUCUGAGAGGACAGAAAACAACUAACCAGUCACAUCAAAGACCAUUGAAACCAGUUGCCAGAGGUAAAUGCCUUCUCUCUCAAGUGCAAUAUUGCCACAUUUUCAUAACCAAAAUAUGAUUUGAAUGAUAUAAUGUAGUUCAUGUUUGUGUAACCUAUAUAUAAUGGUUUUAGAGUAUGAUGACUCUACCUUAGUAUAUAACUUCUAACACAGUGCAUUGCUGUUAAUCACAGUUACCGUUCCCCUUAGAGAAAACAUUUUUGACCGUUUUGAACCAGAACAUACAGUAUAACAAUUAGGAACACCUGCUCUUUCCAUGACAUAGACUGACCAGAUUAAUUCAGGUGAAAGCUAUGAUCUCUUAUUGAUGUCACUUGUUAAAUCCACUUCAAGCAGGGUAGAGGAAGGGGAGGAGACAGGUAAAUCAUAAUUUUAAAGCCUUGAGACAAUUGAGACAUAGAUUAUGUAUGUGUGCCUUUCAGAGGGUGAAUGGGCAAGACAAAAGAUUGAAGUGCCUAUAAAUGGGGUAUGGUAGUACUGUUUGUGUCAAAAACUGUAACGCUGCUGGGGUUUUCAUGCACACCAGUUUCCUGUGUGUAUCAAGAAUGGUCUACCACCAAAGGACAUCCAGCCCGCUUGACACAACUGGGAAGUAUUGGAGUCAACAUGGGCCAUCAUCCCUGUGGAGCACUUUCAACAUCUUGUGGAGUCCAUGUACCUACGAAUUGAGGGUGCAACUCAACAUUAGAAAGUGUUCUUAAUUUUUUUACACUCAGUAUAAGUCUUCUACUCUGUCUGACUCAUCUCUCCUGUUUCUCCAUUUAGUGAAAGAUAUAGUAAUCUACUGUAUAGAAAUAUACUAGUAAUAGUCUAACUUACCCCUCCUGUCUCUCCAUUUAGACCAAGUCAUGGUGUUCCAGAGGGCUUUCCUGUUCCUGGUGUUGCUAUGUGCCACAGUGAUGGUACACGGUCAACCGGCCGAUGUUAGCCCUCGUUAUCAACGCUUUCUCCUACAGCACGUCACGGGGGGUAUGACGAUCCAGAAUUGUCAGCAUGUGAUGAGCAACUUGAAGUUGACAGGGCCUGAUGGAAAAUGCAAAUGGAAGAACACCUUCAUCGUGGCCAAUUCAAAUCAGGUCAAGGCCAUCUGUGGUCUUGGUGGCACACAUAGGAACCUCAAUCUGUUUGAAAGCAACAAUCCCUUCCCUGUAGUCAUAUGUAAACGUACAGGUGGAGAUUACCAUCCCAAUUGUACAUACAAGGGUUCUAAGCCCACUAGGACGGUUGUCAUUGCUUGUGAUCGAGGAUGGCCAGUGCACUAUGACGGUGAUAUUUUUCCUACGGCUGGACAG